AUGCGGACGAGUGGUACGAUCCAGUGGCUGACCUCGCAUCCCCGGGCGACGUGGACGCUCCGCGCCAGGUUCCGCCGGGAAAGCCCGGCCCUCAACGACGCCCGCUGCGGAGACCUCCGCCCGGGCGACCAGCUCUGCCUCGCCUGCGAUAUCUACGGCGACGCCGACGAGCUCAAGUACUACACGCUGUCCUUGAGACAUAAUAGGCACAGACCAAAUAUGCAGGUGGAGAAGGCAGCGCACGGCACCGUGGAUGGCGUGGAGCGGUGCGCAUGCCGUUUCACCGUGCGCUGGACGGAGGGGCCGCGCUGCCGUUGCCAGGACAAGGUGGGCGUCGAGGUGGUCUGCUUCGUGCAGGAGUCACCGAUCCAAGAUCCGGUGUUGACCGAGUUCCUGGAUGGUGUGAGAAACAGGUUCGGCGAGGACCAAGGGGGGGCGACGGUAGCGUCUCAACAGGCAGUCCCGACCCGGACACCAUCAGGCAGCCGACGCUCAAGCACGAGCAAGUAUUUUGUUGGGAUCAAGUUUGCAUUGGGUGAGCAUUCACACUUGGACGGUUUUAAGUGUUUCAAAGAGGUAUUAGACAAAGAUAAUCGGUGGAGAAAGUCAUAUGCUAGACACAAUCGGCGUGAAAUCACUAGCAUAUGUAUGCCCUAUUGCAACCCACGGGCAAUUUCCUACUACAGAGAAAAGGAAUACUUUUUUCCUUGAAGACGGCAUCAGAACAUUUGACCGGAAGAUCGUGAAGAGGAAAUAUGGUAUCUCAAUAGAGAAAGUAUCCAAUGGAAACUCAGUUUCAGUGGAACACAUGGAAACCGAAACUUGUGCCCUUGGAUCAAAAAUCUUUUGUCCCAAUUAGUCACAUGUUUCUCGGAUUUUGCAGCCUGCAUCUUGGUGUGCAUUGUGCACAAAACUCCUUUUCAUUUCUACCUAUACUGAAAUGAAUCCUUGUAAGUUGGCACCGCAUGUUUGGAGUUUUGGACUUGUACUCCAUGUCUUUAAUGUUUUCAUAUUUAAUUCCAGCAAAGUUUUUGUGUGU